AUGGCCGAAGUCGAAAUGCCUCAGCCGGUUCCCGGCCCUGUUUCAAACGAAAAUGCAGCACCCUCAACAUCGGAUGAUAUCAAGACCAUCUUCCACGACGUCAACAACUUCAACGUCAAGCAUCCUCUACUCAACACAUGGAGUCUCUGGUUCACCAAACCGCCCUCCUCGAAAGGCGACAAUUGGAACGACUUGUUGAAGGAGGUGAUCACAUUUGACACAGUCGAAGAAUUUUGGGGGGUAUACAAUAACAUCACAGCCACCUCUGACCUUGCUGUCAAAUCUGACUAUCACCUCUUCAAGCGGGGGGUGCGACCCGAGUGGGAAGACCCUCAGAACAAGCACGGUGGCAAGUGGUCCUACACAUUCAAGGAUAAGAAGGCCGUCAACAUUGACGAGCUAUGGCUGCACACCCAACUGGCUGCCAUCGGAGAAACUUUGGAAGACGACGGGGACAACGAGAUCAUGGGUGUUGUGGUCAACGUGCGAAAAAGCUUUUACCGAAUUGGAUUAUGGACUCGCACGACCGGAAAAGCCGGUGGAAAAGACACGCUGAUGAAGAUCGGUGCCCGGUUUAAGCAAGUCCUUCAAAUCCCCGACAACGAUCAGCUCGAGUUCAGUGGCCACACCGACGCUGCACAUGCAGGCAGCACUCGCGCAAAGACAAAGUAUACUGUUUAA